GCUGGGAAAUGGAGUCCGCGCCUCAGGGUUGGCGGCCGGGCCGCGACCGGGAACCUGGCCUAUUUUGAAACUUAAUUAGCCGCCCAGCGGGUGAAUUGGCGCCCGGAGGGAGGCCCCGCCGCCGGGCUGGUCUACCGGUACAGGCGGGCUUGCGGUGGCGCGGCUGAGGCGCCCGGCUGCCCCCGCGCAGGCGAGGCGCUGAGACAGGCCCCUGGGCCGGCGUGGAGGCCCUCAGGCGGGAAGGGCGGCGGGCGGCCAUGCGGAGCCGGCCGGGACAUUUCGUGGACUUGCGGCUGAAGCAGCGCGUUAAGCAGUAUCUUGCAAGUAGUAAAUGUGGCCAGUAUGUUGACAUUGGAAUUCUAGCAUCAGAUUUGCAGAAAACCUACAGUGCAGAAUAUGGACGAAGAAAAAGAAAUGCUUUUAGAAUACAAGUUGAAAAAGUGUUUGGAAUAAUCAGUAAUGAAAAAGAACGUGAAGAUUUGGCAGUUUUAGAAGCUGAACAUGUGGCAAAAAGAGCAAGACAACAUGAGAAAAAUGAGACUGCAGGAAGUGCCACAGAUGUCUCUGAUGAUGAUGAUUAUCCAGAAGAUCUAUCUACAAAUCACAUGAACAGUUCCCUGCUGAGCUUAUACAAGAAAGGAAAUCCCGAUUCUGUUCCAACGACGCCAAAAAAUGAACCAAUGGAAACCCCUCAUCCUGUGCGAACAGCUCCUCAAACAAGCACCUGCUCGCCAGGAACACGAGUUAAAACACGCAUCUCCGAAGGUGGCUGGUUCAUUGAUAAAACUCCAUGUGGAAAAGACUUUUUCAUUGACCUUUCUGAGGACGGAGAAGGAGAUGCAAAGAAACUGAUUUCUGAGAAAUCAACAGAAUUUUCUGCCUUGGAGAGUGAAAGAAAGAAAUCAAAGGGUAAGAGAACAAAAAGAAAAAAAGAAGAAAUGCCAGAUGUAGAUGAAGAAAUUAAUGCCAUCUUACUUAAAGACAAAGUUAGAAGUAAGGGACCAGAGCUUUACCACCCCUCAGUGAAGUUUGAGGAUGUAGGAGGCAAUGAUGAAACUUUAAAGGAAAUUUGCAAAAUGCUCAUUCAUGUCCAUCAUCCUGAAGUCUAUAACCACUUAGGUGUGGUUCCACCUCGUGGUUUUCUUUUACAUGGACCACCAGGAUGUGGAAAGACACUGCUUGCGCAGGCAAUUGCUGGGGAGCUUGAGCUCCCGAUGCUGAAAGUGGCUGCAACGGAGAUGGUGUCUGGAGUGUCAGGGGAAUCUGAGCAGAAACUGAGAGAAUUGUUUGAGCAGGCUGUGUCCAGUGCACCGUGUGUCCUUUUCAUCGAUGAAAUUGAUGCGAUCACCCCAAAAAGAGAAGUUGCUUCGAAGGACAUGGAGCGGAGAAUUGUUGCUCAGUUCCUAACUUGUAUGGAUGACUUGAAUAAUGUGGCUGCCACUACUCAAGUCCUAGUUAUUGGAGCAACUAACAGACCUGACUCACUGGACCCUGCACUGAGGCGAGCUGGAAGAUUUGAUCGAGAAAUUUGUUUAGGGAUCCCAGAUGAAGCAGCAAGAGAAAAAAUUCUUCGGACUUUGUGUCGAAAACUUAAACUCCCAGAGUCCUUUGAAUUUCAUCAUUUAGCACGGCUCACUCCGGGUUAUGUCGGUGCUGAUCUGAUGGCACUUUGUCGUGAGGCAGCUAUGUGCACAGUGAACAGGAUCCUGAUAAAAUCUGAGGAGCAGAAAAGCAAACAUAUACACGCUGGAGGAAACACAGCUGAAGAAAGCAUGGGAAUAGGAACAGACGUCCUGGUGGAGGAGGAUACCAAGCAACCAGAACUUCCUCCUAAGGAUGAAUUGCACAGACUUCUGGAUUUGCUGAAGAAGCAAGACCCUUUGCCUGAGGAACAGCUGCAGAAGCUGUGCAUUGAGAUGAAUGAUUUUAUUGUUGCACUGUCAUCAGUGCAACCCUCUGCCAAGAGAGAAGGCUUUGUCACAAUUCCUGAUGUGACAUGGGCAGAUAUCGGAGCCCUGGAGGAUGUUCGGGAGGAGCUGACUAUGGCAAUAUUGGCACCUGUGCGAAACCCAGAGCAGUUUAAAGCUCUGGGCCUGACUACUCCAGCUGGUGUCCUGCUUGCAGGGCCUCCUGGGUGCGGCAAAACACUGUUAGCUAAGGCUGUGGCAAAUGAGUCUGGACUGAACUUCAUAUCUGUGAAAGGUCCUGAACUACUAAAUAUGUAUGUUGGUGAAAGUGAACGUGCUGUACGUCAGGUAUUCCAGCGUGCCAGGAAUUCAGCCCCGUGUGUUAUAUUUUUUGAUGAAGUUGAUGCUUUGUGCCCUCGGAGGUCUGACCAUGAAUCAGGAGCCAGUGUCCGAGUAGUUAACCAGUUACUUACGGAGAUGGAUGGUCUGGAGAAUCGUCAGCAGGUUUUCAUUAUGGCUGCCACAAACAGGCCAGAUAUAAUUGACCCAGCUAUCCUGCGUCCUGGUAGACUGGAUAAAACGCUCUAUGUGGGUUUGCCACCACCUGAAGAUCGACUUGCUAUUUUAAAGACCAUCACCAAAGUCUUAAUUGAGAGCCCAGCAGAAGUGAGAUACAAACACUCUCUGAAUGGGUCUUUUCCUUGCACGUUUUCGUGAUCGUUCCAUGAGGAGGCUGGUGCUGUUCUCACUUAUUAUUUCUGCAGUCACCAGAGUUCUUGUAGAGCUAGGCAAAGAUUUGUAUUUCUAGUGUUAGGAACAAGAAAUAGGUUGUUAUUUUCUUCAAAUAUGUUUAGGAGUUAUCUGCAAGAAGAACAUGGAAUAUGGAGAGAGGAAAAUAUCUUAAAUUAACUGAAAUAAGACCUUACUUUUUGUCAGACUUCAUCCAUGCAUUCUGGAUAAGGAAAUUUGAAAAAUCUGUCUAGAGGAACACUUGCUUAAAUACGCGCUCGGGGUAGAUAAAGCAAAACAUUUGGUGCAGAUGUGGGUGGCAUCUGGGUGACAGUAUGCAUUCCCAGAAAUCCCCGAGGAAUACACGCACAGGAUGUGGAAGCUGAGAAUAGUUGCUGAGGGAAAACCGGGAUGCUUACAAAAGCAGUGUGAGGAAUAGAAAAGGGAGUUACGGGGAGGAAGAGGUUGUAGGGAAGACAGACAGCAUAAAUGUAGGUUGAAGAUUGUUGUGAAAGAGUUUUAUUUCAGUUAACUUGUACAAAUCGAUCAUUUUCAAAUUGCAUGUUAAUUAUGCAAGAGAAGCAUGUCUCCGCAUGUUUAAGUUGCCAGUGUACUUACGUUGCUGCUGGCUUAUCAAGCUGCCCUGGUGCACAUACUGCUGAGCCUGUCUCCAGAGUAGGCAGAUCAUCCCACUCAAAAAAUGCAAUUGGUAAAACAUUUCUUGUUAGCAGAGCAGGCAUCUCUCUGGCUUGCAGUCUUGUACAACAAUCACUGAAGAACCCCAUAUGAAACCAUAUGAGGUUUCCUUGUUUCCAGGUUAAAGUCUGUUCUUUCAAGAAGUUUCAAAAUCAGGCUGUUCCUUUGUCUUUCUGUUGGGUUGGUUUGGGUUUUUUUCCCCUUUCUAACUGGUAUUCUAGAAAGAUUCAUUCAAGAUUGCUCCCUUACUCUACCUAGUCCUUGAUUAUUCUACUGUCUGUUAAGGAGUCAUGGGUUUUAACUUGUCAGUUACUAUACAUUUUAUUUUUUUCUCUUGAAGGUAUUGUAGGUCUGUGGUAUACUAGUUCACUUGAAGAAGUCAGAAAAGAAUUACAUGAGGUUGUGCCUUUCUAUCAAAUGAGUUUUGGGCAGAAAUAUAUUAAUUGUAUCAAAAAGUGUCCUUUCGUGUCCAAACUCGGGUAUUGUUUGAUACUAAAGACAUCUAGAAUCUCUGUACUACCAUGGCGCUGCUUUGCUGUUGUCUAAGGUUAAUAGAGAGAUGCUUAGUGUUUGAAAACUUUGUUGGCUAGUUUCAAGUAUAAUUUAUAAUGUUGUCCAAUAUCUUUUGCUUGUUGGAGAUACAAGAUUAAUAACAAAAGAAACCACUUCUGGGAUCUUUGUGGAGGAAGCAGUAAUAACGUGGAAGGGUAGUGUCAAAAAGUCCACAGGGAUGUCUACAGUGUAUGUCAACUUUUAUGAAAUCCAGAAUGGAAAACUUCUAAGUUUGAAAAUGUAUGUCUAGAACAUAAAAGAGGUACAAUUAAUUCAGCCUUAAAGGUGAUAAGACUAAAUCUACGUGCUUAUUGCUUAGCUACUUGAUUUCAACACAGAGUAAAACUAGGGGAAGUUCAGCUAAACAAUGCUGUUGAUGUAACCACCUACUCGAGGCAUGUCCGCAUACGGAAUAGCGUCAGUGUUACAUUGCCCUGUCGCAGGCUGGCCAUCUUUUGUUAGAGAAAAGCUAAUCUGUUGGUGGGAAGUUAAAAUUUAGCAUUACUUAUUAUUUCAUAAUUAAAUGAUUUAAGGAUGGUUGUCCUUCCUGUUGCCUUGAAAUUAAAAACGUUCAUAUUUGUGGAUAUUUCAAGGAAUUUGUCAGCCCCCUAUAUGAUUCCUGAUUGAUGAAACUUAAUCACUUUGGGGAUGGCAUGUUUAAAAAAAAAUAAAAGGUUUUUUUUAUCUUCCUCUUUUUAUUAUCU